AUGCUAAGCACCUUGCUGAUUCUGUUGAUUAGCUCGUGGACGCCACCAGGUUCCGGGGCCAAGAACUCUGCCCACAGGCGACGGGAUUUGGCCAUUGAUUCAAGUCCCUCUGGAGGCUACGAGCCCAUCGUGGUGCCGUGUCCGGCCAAUCUCACCGUUCGAGUAGCUGGAACCGAUUCCGACUUCUUGAGUCAAAAGGAGGCCAACUACAUCUCGCAGAAGGCCGCCAAGUCGACCAGCCUAUGGGUGGCAUAUCUUACUCGGGCGGCCUUGGCAGAUUUCGACGUUGCAAACUUCACCACUCGGAACCUUGUCGCGGGAGAGACCGUCCCGAACGUCGGCAUAGCUAUGAGUGGCGGCGGGAACCGGGCGCUCAUCGGCGGCGCUGGAAUGUUAGAUGCAUUCGACAACCGGAAUCCAGAUGCAGUAGAUGCCGGAACUGGGGGCAUUCUCCAGCUGGCCAACUACAUCACUGGAUUGUCUGGUGGUUCAUGGUUAAUAGGUUCCUGGGCGACGAGCAACUUCCCGACAUUCACCUCACUUAAUCAAACGGUUUGGAGGUUGACAGAGGCAACUACUUAUACCGAUUGGAACUCAUUUAAAAGAUACCCCAAAGCUAUCUUACAAGCCAAGAAGAAAUCAAAGUCUGGCUUCCCGACGAGCCUGGUAGAUAUACAAUCCUAUUUCUUGUCACGUGGUUUGAUAAAUGGCACUCACGAGGGCUCAAAAGUUCUUUUCUCCUCUAUACGAAAUACGACUGAAUACAUCAACCACGAAGCUCCUUUUCCCAUCUUACUCUGUACCUCGCGGGUCAACGGCGUGUCUUUAAUUACAUCUGAUACACCAAUCUACGAGUUCAACCCAGAAGAGUUUGGAGUAUGUCAUCCAACUCUGAAGGCUUUCAUUUCACUCGAUGAUCUGGGCUCGCGGAUGGAUGCCGGGAAACCAGCUAAGCAGGAUUCUUGUGCCAAAGGGUUCGACAAUGCUGGAUUUGUUAUCGGCGCUAGUAGCAAUGUUCUGAGUCGGCCUGGGUUCCAUAAAUUCUCGUGGAAAAAUAUUUUGCCCGAGGCUUAUGACAAAAUGACGAAACACGUCUAUGAUGAAGCAAUUGUCCCUAAUCCAUUCUAUCACAUGGGAUUGAGCUCUAAAAACGGCAGCGGUUAUCCAGAACGAGAAAGUAAGAAUCUGUACCUUGCUGACGGCGGGUGGGGUGGUGAAAUUUUACCAUUCUGGCCUCUUCUUCAACCGGAUAGAAAACUGGACGUGAUCUUUGCCUUAGAUUUCACCGCUGAUGGCCCAAGCAUGUUCCACGGUUCAUAUCCCAAUGGGACUAGUAUUUAUACCACCUACCAGAAGACCCAGGAAGAGGCGUACAAAAACAUACAUUUCCCAAAAAUUCCUGAGAUCGAGGGCCCGUUUACGGAGAAAGGCUUGGCUAAAAAACCAUCCUUCUUCGGAUGCAAUGAUACAUUGGCCCCCCUGAUCGUUUACCUUCCUAAUUAUUUCGUCCUCACAGAUACAAAUCAAGCCACAAUGAAAGCCGCUUAUACUGAAGGAGAAAUUGAUGCGUUUUUCAAAAACUCAUUUGCCAUCGCGACGCAAACGGGUCCGGGAAAAGAUUCGAACAAUCUGCAAUACGGGAUUGAAUCAAUGCAGACACUUUUUGGAAGAGCAGGGCCAAUGACGCAGACCCGUUGGAAGCAGUGUCUGGCUUGUGCUUUGAUCGACCGACAAGUUACCCGCAACAGAAUGGAACGAACUCCCCAAUUCCUCAAGGCCAAUACCGGUUCAUCAUCCUUAUGUCUAGGCCUGCAAAACCCGGCGACCAUUAACACAAGAAAACUGAAUUUAAUGCCGCUAUCUUCCCGUCUUAACAUGGAGUCUUUGUAA